AUGUGUCUCUCGUACAAAGCUCGCUUCUGGGAUGUUCUUCACGCCUGCACCUCCUUGGUCGGCACCUUAGCUCUGGGUAUGGCUCUACUCCUCUACGAAGGCUCCUUCCUGAAUGCUGUGGAGCCAGAAGGGUCCUUGCACUGGGGAAGGCUUUACUUUAUCACACCCAGACAGAGUGAAGGGACGGGGCUGUGGAACUCGGGGGGUCUCAGCCUGGAGGCUGGAGGCCUCGCGGGGCCCUGGACACCUCAGAGGGGGCGGUCGGUGGGUGGAAGGGGUCACCCGAGUUCCCGGCUUUGCCUGGCGGGGUCUUGCCCUCUCAGCCCUACAGGCCUAGCGAGGCCACGUGACUCGCACAGAGGAGCAAGGUGCAGUGAGAAACAAAGGUGA